GAAUAUCCGCCGCAGUCGUCACCACCACCGCCGUCAUACAUGUCCGUCAAUAUCCAUCCUCGGUCAUACGAUCCGCGAAAUUUCGGUAUAAUUUCGUAUAUACGCGCGUGACUGACGGACGAGGCACGUCAUCAUAAUAUUAUUAUCAUUCGCGGGAGAAUUAAAUUUAAAAACAAUUUUUUUUUUUUUUUUGUAAAAAAAUCAUAAGCCUGCUACUUUCGGAGCGACCGCUGCAGAACGCAUACUCGUAUGCAACAAUGAUCCGAGCCCGUUGUCGACGUUAAUAGUAAUAAUAAUUUAUUGUUGUUAUAAUAACUCAAUAUCCGACGAUAGUGUGUGGUGUCCUCGUCAUCAACUCACCCGGUUUCAGACAUACGCGAACGUGUUUGCAGAGUAUAAGCAGCUCAACCACCGAGUGCCGAACGAGAUAUUAAUAAAUUUUAUAUUAUAUUGUUGUAAACACACAUAAAACUGAGCAGGUCAUCAUAACGCUGUCGACAGACACCGGGAUAGCCGCUCGACCCAAAUGCACUCCGGGUAAUGCCGGUAAUAAUAUGCUCAGGGUAGACGACUGUGUAGUGUUGAGACGAGUAUCCAUGGGUGGUGGUGAAGAAAAUCCAGAGCCACCAACUGAAGUAGGAUGUCGUCGGACGAGUAAUGUACUUAAAAACGAACUUUUGUUACAUGAAGCUGUUAUAAAAAAUGACCCAGAUGCCGUAAAAAGAGUAAUCAAAGAACCAUUAGAUGUAAACUCCCGAAAUAAUUAUGGCAGAGCUCCUAUUCACUGGGCAUCUUCAAGAGGAAAUACUGAAAUUAUGGAGAUGCUAAUAAAUGCGAAGUGUGAUAUUGAAGCCAAAGACAAAUACGGGAUGCGUCCGAUAUUAAUGGCAGCAUGGCAUGGCCACACGGAUGCUGUCCAGAUGCUUAUCAACUACGGAGCGAGUGUGAACACAAUAAAUAAGAAACAAUACACGCUGCUGAUGUGCGCGGCGAGAAACAACCGUCUGUCGGUCGUCAACUUCCUGUUGGACACCAUCGAGGACGUCGGACUGGAUGCGUUCGACACGGACCAUCAGACGGCACUCCAUCACGCGGCGAUCGCAGGUCACACGCACGUGGUCCGGAGGCUAGUGCACGCCGGAGCCAACACAAGUACCACGAACAAGCAAGGGCGAACACCACUGCAUUCCGCGUGCGAAAAGGGCCAUGUCGACGUGGUCGAUUUUUUACUCGGGCACGGUGCAGACAUGCUGGCGAAGGACGAAGAACAGAACAGCCCUCUGCACGUGGCCGUCGAAAACAAACAAACGCUCGUUGUGCAAAUGUUAUUGGAAGCGGGAAAUCCGACAAACUUGGAAAAUAGCAAAGGACUGACUGCGUUGCACAUAGCCAGCAGCCACGGAUGUCGGGGAAUAGUGGAAAUGCUAUUAUCAGCCGAUUGUGACAUCGACAGGCAGAGCAAAAAUGGAAACACGCCUUUGCACAUGGCAUGUUUGUCCAACAACGUCGUGAUCGCGGAAAUACUGAUCGCCAAGGGUGCCGAUCUCAAUGCCUUAAACACGAGGUUGCAGUCGCCGAUUCACAUAGCGGCCGAACAGGGAUAUUCAGAAAUCUGUAAGUUACUUUUGAGUGCCGGGGCCAACAUCGAACAACGCGAACAGGGAGGCAAAACGCCGUUAUACAUAGCAGCUAGAGGAAGUUUCACUGCUAUCGUGGACAUGAUUAUAAAAACCGCUCGUUUAGAGUACACACCCAAGAAACGAACUAGACCGAAAACGCCCGAAGAACGGAGGAAAUGGAAGUGCAAUCCGGACUUGGACGUUUCGAUAGCGCUGCAAGAGACUGAUGAAAAUCUAGAAAUUAUUUUACGAAAAUUGUCCCACAAACAGCUGAGUCCCGGCGAAUGGAAAAAAUUGGCUCAUUUGUGGGCGUUCACGGACGAACAGAUCAAAGCGAUUGAACACCAGUACAUAGGUCCAUCCAGUUACAAACAACACGGUUAUAGAGUGUUGAGAAUUUGGGUCGACAGUCUGGGUCCCGAUCUCGACCCAAUAGAAGAACUCAUCGAUAGUCUCAAUACGAUCGAAAAGAAUACGUUAGCAGAUGCAAUAUGCAAGAAGUUAAUGCGGCAGAAGGAAAAAAGUGAGAAAAAACCCGACGACAAAAUCUGUGUUGUUUCUUGAACACACGUCACGUAUUUUUAUUGUUGUUGAUUUUUAUUCAUUUUAUUUGUUUAUUUUCCCCCAAACGACCUUAUGAGCAAUAACUGAGUACCCGCAAAAGUUUGCUCGACAUUUAUAAUAUUUCGGCUCGAGUGUAUAUUAUAUUAUAUUAUAUUAUAUUUAUAUGUUAUAAUAUUAUUAUAUUGUUCAUUUGAUUGUAUAGUGUUAUCUUACGACUUUUGGUUAACUGAUAAUAUUACAUAAUAUUAAUAUAAUACAAGCAUAUUAUGUGUCACGAUUUACAACGAACUGGUAAAAAAACUUAUAAGUCAUUUUACCACACUAAUUCCAUCUGAAUAAUAACAAUAUCGUUGUUGAAAUACUAUAUUAUAAUAAUUAUGGUAAUUAACGUUUUCAAAAAUACUUUUCGAACUUAUGUUGCUCAAUUAUUUUGUGCGAAAAACUAUUCUAUUUUCUGUAAUUAUGUUAACUAUUGCACCCCAAAUGUAUUUAUAUAUGACAUACGCCAGUUAAAUAUGAAUAAUUCACGUCAACGAACAGCUCCAACAUUCAGGUGGUAAGGAUGAUGACGUUUGCACUCGCGUCACCUGUUUGUUCCGGAAUUAUAUUGGCCUGCCGCGAGAUAAAUAUUUGUGUUGAUAAUCGUGCACAACGAUUUUCUAGUUUCAACAGAAAACCAACGUUUAAUGAUACGAUGCCCACAUUGUUAUGUAUUAUAUAAUAAUAUAGUUUUAAUUUAUUCGCAUUUUGGUGAUGUAUACAUUGUGGAAAACUUCGCUUGCCCACGGCAACCACACGAGAAAUAAAACGAAGGAUGACGAAAAAUAAACAUAUUUAAACGAUUAUUUCGUCCAAAACAAAUAUUCUGCUGACAUUAUUAUCGAUAGUGAAGCGGUUUAUUAUUUAAAUAAAAAAACUAACUUUAAAACAAAAACUGUGAUAAAGCUAAUUUUUUGCAAAAAAAAAAAAACAAUAAAAUCGGCCAAGAUCAUGAAAGGUGACAAGUGGUAUCUUCUUUUCGUAUACAAUUUUUGCGGCGUUGUGAACUUCAAUACAAUAGCCUCUUCGAAUCUAUAGCAUACGCCACUGUCACUGCACAGUGCUCACCGGGUCAAACGAUUCUUUUUAAAUGCGAACGACCUAUUAGAUUUUUAUUUUUUCAAUAUUUUCUAAUGAAUGGAAAAUUCUUAAUAGGUUUGAUGAAAAGCCUUAUUAAUUAUUUUUCUUGUAGGUUUCAUUCAGUGUAUACUAAUAUCAGCGGCGUAAUUACAGGGGGGGGGGGGUUGGGUGUUGUAUACAUAGACCUUAUAAGUUUAAGGUCUAUGGUUAAAUCCCAGCAUUAGGUUAGAUUAGGUUAACCACUGGAAAUAAUAAACCACUUAUGUAGAAAAACAACCUUUUAUUUAAAUAAAAAAUAAAAAAAAUAAUACAUAACCAUAAUGAUAAAAAAAUACAAAACUAAUAAUACAGUAUACACAUAAACUAUGAACAAUAAAACUAAGAAUAUAAAUUAAGAUUGUUUUAUAUUCAAAGUUAUUUUAUUAUAAGGGAAGGGGAGCGGAUUUCGUGAGGUGACUUAUUUUAUUUUACCCUAUUUUGCGAUUAGCCCACUAUCCCCCUAUGACUUAUUUUUAAAACUGGCAAAUCAUAUUUAUGUACUUAUUAAACUAUAAAUAUUAUUAUUUAUAGUUAUAAGGUACUAUAUAGUAAAUACUAUAUAAAAACCUCAUUACCUAUGCUUGCUGUACGCAUAAUUGAGACAAUAUUACUUCAUAAUAAAUAUUCAAUAUUAUUCACUAAACACAUUAUACAAAUUAUGCAGUUUAGCUCUCAAACGAUGUUUGGAAAUUUUUUUUUGGAAAGCUGUGUAUUUCAUCGAGUUAAGUACAAUGAUGCAAUCUAAAAUUGUUGGUUGGACAAUUCAAAGUUAUAACUUAUAACCUUUUAAAGUUAUUUUGAGUAUUUUAUUAUAUUUUACGAAUCUACAUUACUCUUAAAAGUAUGUAAUUAUUUAUGAUGCAUUUAUACAUGUAGUUACAUCAUACAGAUCACAAUGGUUAUACUGGGAGUUGCUUAUGAUAAUAUUUUUUUUUAGUUAGUUGUGUGUCGGGGGUUCAAUCCCGCUACUAAUUUCAUAGCUUGCCAACCCUUGAUUCUUUAUCAGAAAAUAUAUAACCUAAACAAAAACUUCUUUCAUACACUGAUUGGGUUUGACUUGUCAUAUUUCGAUUCAUGUUAAAUAGAUUAUACGUAAUAUGUUAACGUUGCAUGUAAUUUCAUACUAAAUCGUAUUAGUUUUUUGGGCCAGUCGUUAGUGCCUUGUGAAAUUUAAAAUUUUAAGUGUGCUCAAUCGUCCGACCAAAAAGCUAAAACGUGCUCAAUCGUUGGAUGAUAUUACCACAUGUAGUGUUUUGUUAUCGUACACCGCUUUUAUGUACACUGUAGGUACAUUAUAAAUGAUUAUAGCAUAUAACAGCAGUUUUCUUAAUACCUACCAACAUAAUAUUCAAAACAAAAUAAAAUAAAUAAUGAAAAGCUUUUAUUUUUUUAUACCAAAUCGAUCAACUAGCUAUCUAACUAUCUAAGGUACAUGAAUACAUGAUAUAAUAAUUAUAUGCUUACAGGCAUUUCACUGCGGUGAAGGUCAAAAACGAUUUAUCACUAAAUCGAUUCGUAUUGGGAAUGUCAUCCUAAUAAUAAUAACAAUAAUAUGUAGGUACAUAAUAUAAUUCCGGUAACACGCAACGUACACGCAUAAUAUAAUUAUACUAUUGCAUAAUAUAGAUACCUCUAGUUAUGACACGGUCGAAUUAAAAUCAACAGCGUAAUCAUACUUAUUUUAUAUAAUAAUUAUUAACUAAUAAUGAUAUAGGUGCACGUAUUUUUAUCGUGACCGGCGCAUACUUUAUCACAAGGGUGGCCACUAAUCUUAAUUUUGCGACCUUCAAAUGUAUGAAACUAACAUUGUUAAGACAUGUUUAUAAAAUAGAUUAUAAAAUGAAGACACAUUUUUCAUUUUAUAACAAAUGAAUAAGGAACAUUUAUUUAACAUUUAUUUAUUUAAAUAACUUAGAGCCGCACAAAGUAUCCCAAGAGGCUAAGGUCACAUGCGGUUCGCGGAUUCGUUGUGGCCACCCUUGCUCUAUCAUAAUAAUAUUGCCUAUGUAAUAGCCAUAUCCCAUAAGUGUAACUAGGGUUAAAAUUUUGGGGACUACAGCCCACAUAACAAAAUUAUUUAUUUAAAAUAACCCAUAGGGGGCUUAUAUCUAAAUCAAUAAAGGACAUUUUUUUGGGGGGGAAUCAAUCAUAGUCGGGGGCUUAGCAAUUCACUCUAAUAUCAAAACUUACAGCAUCCUAUUGAAACUAGGGAACGAGAAUUUUUUUAUGUCGUACAUGUGUAAGACGGAGACAACACAUGCGGGUGCGACGUUCUCUUAAGGUCUUUUGAGCCAAAAUUGGUGGCAGUAGCUAGGCGACUUAAAUUUGUUUUGGUUCAUUAAAAUUAUAAAUGAGUCGUGUAAAUCCAUCGAAUUGGCAUUUAGGUACGAACAAAAUAAUGUAACCUGCAAAAACCUUCAGUGGCCUAUCCACAAAUGAUCGUAGUUUAAUGAAAUUGAAAUGUCCUCACUAUAUUAUAAUACAAAUAAUAAAUUUGUGAUUAAUUUACAUUUUUAUUAGUUACUCAAAAAUUGAAUCACAUUUAUUUUGUUGUCGUAC